AUUCUUUGGUUGAUAAUUGUUAGUUAUAGGUAGUUAGUUAUUCAUUAAAUUAACCUCUCACAGUGACAUCAUGUCCCCCGUUUUCUGUGGUAUGCCGACUACAAGGAAGCACUGAGAUAUCUAAGGUAGCUGUACCGGUCCCACAAGGGCACAAAUCCCCCUCUCAUUUGUCAUUAAGGAAGUGCCAUCUGUUUAUGUGUCAACUAUUCAUCACGGGUUAAUUUACUCCGACAUGCCCUUGUCAUAACUGGAGAGCUGGAAAGAAGUCGAAGAGCUCAGAACUUUGCCUAGGUUGAAAAUAUAGAUUCUAGAAAUGCGUGCAUGCAACACAAACUGCGUUGAAAAGCCUAUAUCAAUAGGCUUUCAGAAACUUGGUCUUUUCGUGGGAAAACAUCCGUGGGUGUUUUUAGUUUUACCUUUGAUGUUAUCCGGGGGUCUCGGAGGGGGGUUUUACUUUCUCGCGGACAGUGAAGCAAACGAUAUCGAAGACCAGUUCACACCAGUAAACGGUCAGGCGAAGACAGAGAGAGAAUAUGUCAAAACUUAUUUUCCUCACAGUGACGAAUUCUCUCAGUUGAGGCUGUACACAGAAGGGACUUACGCGUCCCUGAUCGUGCAAAGUUCUUCGAACAAAGACCUUCUCUCAAAAGACCUGUUUCGAAAUGUAAUCGAUUUGGACCACAAAGUACGAAACAUAACGUCAAAAUUAAGAGGAAUCUAUGCAGAUCUCUGUGCGAAUACAAAGGGAAAGUGCGCUUCAAAUGCAGUUUUAGACAUUGCAUCCAAAGCUGACAACACAUCUAUUGAAUACCCAUUUCAUCGCGGCGAGUUUUUAGGAUCAACAAUUGGCGGUGUGACCCUGAAACCAAACAGCAAAGCAAUACAAAGUGCAGUGGCAGUUCGGCUUUUCUAUUUUUUAAAAGAUGCCAAAACUAAGAGGGACAGAAGCGAGAACGAUGCAUGGCUGCAGGCUUUUAUAAAGACAUUUUCAGAAGAGAUCCAAGUCGACAUGGUAAGUAUGUGUCAUUCCCUUGUGCUAUUAAAGGUAACCCUUUCCAUUAAAAAUAUUUAGCGUUACACAGGUGUAAUUCUGAGGGCAGAAAUUUGAAAAAGAUUCCAGUGUGUUGUAGAUCUUCCUCUUAUGAUAGAAGUGUACGCCUUUCACAUUUAUUUACAUGGAUUGAAAGGAGGAAAUCCUUAAAAGUCAAUUGGAACUCUUUUCCCAAGUUACCUAAAUUCUGAUCACAUGUACAAAAUCACAUAAAAUGAGCAAGAUGGUCACCUCAGGAUAGUCCCGUAAGGUUAGGUUUCAUAGAGAGAAGCUAAGCAGUCAGAUACUUCAAAGAUGCUUUCUUUAAGCUGCAAAUCAGUUUCCAUGUC